AUGUCUCAACUUUCAACUGCUGGUGUGACCUUUGCCGGUCUCACAUCAGUUGCUACUUAUUAUGGCCAAGGAGCGUACCAACCCCGUCUGAGCACAUUCUGUGCUGAAACGUCUCUGGACAUCAUCAAUAUUGGCUUUGUCAACUACUUUCCCGACGCAGGACAAGCUGGAUGGCCAGAAACGAACUUUGGCAACCAAUGCGAUGGCACCGUUUACUUACACAAUGGCGAACCAACUGGGCUGCUCAAAAACUGCCACCAGAUUGUGGAAGAUAUCCCACUCUGUCAAGCUGCUGGAAAGAAGAUUCUCAUUUCUCUAGGAGGGAGCUACCCCGCUGCAGGUCAAUACAUCGCCAACGAGGACUCCGCCGUGGCUUUUGCUGAGUGGCUUUGGGGUGCUUUUGGUCCGACCGACUCCGAAUGGGCGAUUGAAGACGUUCCUCGUCCUUUUGACGAUGUGGUUGUCGAUGGUUUCGACUUUGAUAUCGAAUGGGGCUUGGGCUCUUAUUACGGAUCUUUGGCAAACCGUCUUCACCAGCUUUACGACUCGUACAAUGCCGAGAGAUCUACCCCGAGGAAAUUUCUACUGAGUGCCGCACCACAAUGCGUCAUCCCGGAUGCACACCUUGCCGACGCUAUUCACAACGCGCCCUUCGAUUACAUCUGGGUUCAGUAUUACAAUGAUUGGGCUUGUUCGGCUGCCAACUAUGUAAACGGACUUUCCGGGUUCAACUUUGAUGAGUGGGUAAGCGUCAUUGAAAAGAGCGCUAACCCCAAUGCCAAACUCUUUGUUGGUUUGCCUGCCGAGGAAUCAGAGGCCAAGCCUGGUUUCUAUGUUAGCCCGAAUAGUGUGGCGCCUCUGGUUGAUGAGUACAUGAACAAAUAUCCGUCCACAUUUGGUGGUAUUAUGUUGUGGGAAGCCACCGGAUCUUUCAACAACACAACCCCUAAUGGCAACACCUACGCGGACAACAUCAAAAGUGUCUUGGUCAACUAUGCCACAACCAUUGCUCCAUCGCCGACUCCUACCCCAACCCCUACUCCCACGCCCACGCCCCCAUCAAGCUCUUUGUCCUCCUCUUCUGCAGUUAUUCGGUCGUCAACUCCCCCUGUUGUAGGAAGCUCGAGCGUAGCAGUCACUUCAAGCCCUUCUGCUUCCUCUUCUGCCAUUCGAUCUGCCACCACGACGUCUUGCACAAAGAAGACUCCAUUGCCGUCGUCAUCAGCUGUGAUUAGCACCCCUUCUGUUUCAUUGAGUACCUCCAGCACAAAGAAGCCAUGCUCCACUGGGUCCUCUUCCCAUGUUGUUGUGCCAUCAUCCUCUGCCGUCGUGAGCACGACUGGGACACGCAGCUGCUCUUCAAAACCUUCAUCUACUGCUGUUCCUCCUCCUAACGGUGGGUCUAACCCAGGAACCUCUACAUCUCCCGGAACUAGUUCACCUUCGGGCACGGGAUCUGCAGGUACGACAACUACUGGAUCUGUUGGAGGUUCUACUUCUAGCACUGGCUCGACUACGCUCACGACUACCCAAACUUCUGUUGCAUCUGUCGGACCUACUGGGGCCAGCUCCGUCUCUCCCUCUGCCUCUGGAUCCAUUAGCUCUGGUAUUUCUUCCACCACCAGUCCUAUCACUGCUACUUCCGCUAUCGCUACAUCCACUGGUACCGAAGCCUGGACUACCACUGUCGUGACAACCUCCUAUGUCUAUGUCUGCCCUACUGGUCUAGCUACUAGCACCAUUACAUACACUGAGUCCUACUGCCCUUGCACAGCGACAGCCAAGCCAUCAACCGCUGCGCCAACUGGCUGGGUUACUACCACAGCGGUUUGCACAGUUUGCGGUCCUCAGCCGACAACUGUGACACUGACUCUACCACCACAAGUUAGUGCCACUUCCACUGCACUCCCUGGAUCUAACCCUGGUUCCAUUCCUGGUUCUGGCUCCUCAAGCCCUAACGGCAAUGGGUCCAACCCUAACACUGGCACUGAGUCGUCAUCCGGUUCUGGUCCUGCCCCUGGCUCUGGCUCUGGAUCCUCGGGUUCUAGCGGCAAGCCCGGUUCUGGAUCUGGGUCUGGAUCUGGGUCUGGAUCUGGACCUGCUCCUGGCUCCAGCAUCGUUCCUGGCUCUGGUGUUGUUGGCAACUCUGGUCCUUAUCCAUCAACCAGCACUGCUCUCACAAUGACAGUCCGUCCAAGCGCAUCGUCUUUCCCUACUUCGCCUAGCCACACUCAAGCGGGCGUCAGCCCAGCUUACACCGGAGCUGCUGGUCGGGCGAACUUCAGUCCUUUUAUUGGAGGCUUCAUUCUUGUGGUCUCCUUGUUUGCUCUUCUUUAAAAGAUGAUUCAUCCUCUCGAUUUUGACUUUAUGCGGACCACGGAGGAAUUAAUUAAUCUAAAUGAUAUGUUUGCUGUUAAUUAUUAUGUACAAUCUUCUCCUUUCAUCAGCCUUGUCAGGACUUUUUUACGACUUUCGAUCUUCUUCUCCAGUCAUCGUGUAAGAUA